GUGCUCUGCUGCUGGAAGGACUUGGUGCCUUUCUCUGCUGCACUUAUGAGGACGAUUAUCAAAGUCGUGGAGAUCCAUACGUCCAUGAUCUUCAUCUCCAUUUGGGGUUCCUUCCUGUCCUUCCUCUGGAGUUUGCUUUGUUGCAUGAGCCUCGUGGCUUUUGCUAUCCAUGAUGAAGAAGCCAUGGACAAGCUGACAAAGGGCAGGGCCUCCAGUUCGCCAGCGAAAGCCGGGUUCCUCUUCCUGUUCUUCUUCGUUCAGUACUGGG